AAAUAUGGAGCUCCUCUCUCAUAUUUUAAAGGAAGCAAAAUGUGAUGAUCUAAAGGAAAUUCUUUCAAGGGAUACAAAACUCCAAGUAAUAGACUUACAUGGUAUAUCUCAAGUUCAUUCCCAAACCCAGUCAGAGUGUCUGAAUUUGACUCUGUGGGAUGGAUUUGAUGAAAUUCAGGCCAAAGUAGUCACAGAUAUUCUGAAUAGGAUGACUCAGACAAUCGAGUUAUACUGAAUUUUGAGCUUCAACUCUUGUUGAUUCCUAAAGCAUAAAUCCAAUAACGAAAAGAUCUUAAUGGUAGGAUCAGAUAUCAAGAUAAUCAAGAAAUGUUCAGAGAAGAUCCUCCCCCAAGCUGAAGUCUCACUUGUAAAGGAAGACCCAGACGCUUCUGCCAUCAAAGUCUUGGCUAAUGUAGGUGAGUUCUUCAUAGAUCCGACUCCUUGCAAGGAAUGUGAGACAGAGAUUGAUUUCUCUGACCUUGAAGAGGACUCUGAUAGUCAUGACUACCUUCCUAUUAGUAAGAUCAGUAUCUGUCAUAACUACCAGAGAAAAGACUGGAAGAUAAAAGCGAAGGUAGUCAAUAUUUUCCCAAUCAAAAGGUUCAAAAGCCGCUUUGACAACAGGAUUUGUAAUGUCCUCAACAUUAUUUUAGCUGAUUAUUACACUGGUGAAGAAAUAGAAGGCACUUUCUAUGAUCACCUCAUUGAAAAGUUCUUUAAUGUUGAGGAAGGUGAGGUUAAAGCAUCGAAAAAUCCUGACCAUAUUGUUGUAAACCAAGUGUAUAUUAUCUCUGGCUGCAAAAUUUUAGAUAACAAGAAUACAAGUACUGUGGAUCAUAAGCGUAAACUAAAUUUUAAGGAGGAUUCCUUAGUAAAAAGAUGGUUUCCAGUGAACAGGAAAGCUCUGAGGAAGCUUAAGAAGGCAAACUUUGUGUACAACUGACAACUUGUGAGUAAAGUUGCACAAACUGCUGAUGUGAUAGGAGUUGUUUCAAAUAAGAUAAAUAUAUUCCAUAAGACCUCAUCGAAGUCCCUCAACUCUAUUGUCGCCUUCUACUUGCUGAUAUUUAAGAAUUCCAAGCAAGAGCAUCUUGAAAGAGUGAUUCUCAAGAUUUGAGACAACAAAGCAUCGAUUCUUGAUUUUCAGCAGGGUGAUAUUAUUGCCAUUUUUAACUGAAAAGUUAAGAAAGCCAGCAUGGUCUAUCUGGAAUCUCAUAGUAUUGAAGACAUUUUAAUGCACGAAAACCUCAAUAAUUUUGAAUUGAAAGAGCAACUAGGUAUUGCUUAUGAAAGCUUCCAGGUGAACUUAGUCCUAGAUGAGAUCUCCAACCAGGUAGAUCAUCCUCCCACUGGCGAAGAUUUUAAAACAAAUGAGCCAACAGUGAAAUGUCAGGUGAUAAUUCCUUCUGAGAAUUACGACAAAGAUCACCUAUUGUUCAUACAGAAAUGUAUGAGUUGUGGGAAUUAUCAAGAUAUUCUUGAAGGGGACUUUAUCCAUAAGACUGAAUACUGAAACUCAUGUAACACAGACAGGGAGUUCUGUCUAGAGUACAACAUCCAGUGCCAGAUAGUCCUUGAGAGCGGGACAACCUAUCAAUGUGUUAUGAGGAACCUCUGAGCUCUUGAGAUUCUUCCUCGGCCAGCAUAUAGACUUUACAGGAUGGAAGAUACCCUCCGAAAAGAAUUAUUAGAUACUUGUACUAAGUGAUUCUGCGAGAUGGAUGAUUUUUAUGAGCCAGACUGCAAGCACGAUAACUUCUGUAAUGUUAUACUAGAGGAUUCUUGGGCGAUCCAAUUAGCUGGGAGUCAGCAGUCGCAGCUCUGUUUUCAUGAGCAAGAAGGCAAGACUUGAUAUGAAAUCUUUCAAAUCUUAUUUUUAAAAUAA